UCAAUUCCAAUCAUGGAUUUCUCUCCUAGAAGCUUCCAUAGAAGCAGCAGCAGCUCCUCUGGCCAGCCCGGUCUCAACAUGAAUGUGGUAGCUCUUAACAAAAGGGCUGUGGCAAACUUUUAUGCUCCCAGUGUCUAUGGUGGGGCUGGAGGUCAGGGUACCCGAAUUUCACAGACCAAAUUCCAGGCCAAUUAUGGAGGUCGUUUUGGUGGAAGCACCUUUUCUGGUGAUGAAAAACUGGCCAUGCAGAAUCUAAAUGAUCGUCUAGCCAACUACCUGGAAAAGGUCCGUUCUCUGGAGCAGUCCAAUGCCAACCUGGAUCUCAAGAUCAGACAAUGGUACGAGAAGAACUCUUCUUUCAUUAGCCCGGACCACAGCGCCUAUUACAAAACAAUCGAAGACCUCCGAAAUCAGAUUAAGGCUGCCCAGCUGGCCAAUGCCCGUUGUCUCCUGCAACUUGAUAACUAUAAAUUGACCAGUGAGGACUUCAGAUUGAAGUAUGAAGCUGAGUAUGGAAUGAGAAUGAGUGUGGAGGCUGAUCUCCAGGGACUGAAAAAAGUCUUUGAUGAUUUCACCCUAAGGAAGACAGACUUAGAGAUACAGAUCGAAAAUGUAAAUGAAGACUUGGCUUUCCUCAAAAAAAAUCACCAGGAGGAAAUUGCAGUCCUGCAUAAACAGCUAGGCAAAACCGUCAACGUGGAGGUGGAUGCCUCUCCUGGCCAGGACCUUGCAGCCAUCAUGAAUGAAAUGAGGGAGAAAUACAAAAUAAUGGCAGAGAAACAUCUUCAGGAGGCCAAAGAACAGUUUGAGAAACAGAUUAAUAUUCUACAAGAAGAAGUCACAGUGAGCACCACGGAGAUUAAGGCCAAUGAGGCUCAAGUGACAGAGCUAAGACGAAAACAUCAGAGCUUAGAGAUAGAGCUCCAGUCCCUUUACAGUAUGAAACAGUCUUUUGAGCGUGCCCUAGAAGAGACGAACACUCGCUAUGGUUUACUGCUGAAACAGAAUCAAGAAUUAAUACGCUCUUUAGAGGCCCAGCUGAUGCAAGUCCGAACUGAAACAGAACGACAAAAUGAGGAAUACAAAAUCCUUUUUGACAUCAAGACCCAUCUGGAGAUGGAAAUUGCCACCUAUCGCCGCCUCCUAGAGGGAGAGGAUAUCAGAACAACUGAGUUGCCAAUGAUGUGUGUUAGUGAAAGGAAUGUUGAUAUGAGGAAAACCAGGAAGAUUAAGACACUUGUGGAAGAAAUGGUAGAUGGCAAGGUUGUGUCAUCUGAAAUCAAAGAAAUAGAAGAGGAGAUUUAAACAACUAUGAAAAGGAGAUGUAUUCAAUGAUUUGGAAAAUUUUGAUCAAACUUCAAAAUGUUUGAUUAGGAAAGUUCCUUUCAUCCUGAGAGUAUUUUAUGGUAACAAGAGAUAAGAAAUUCAUUGAUUAUACUCUUCUAUGGAAUAAAAAAAAUGCCUUCCAAAUACUCUUCAUUCAGAAUAUUUGCAAAACUAUUGCAUGUAUGUACAAUCAGUGCAAGGAAAUGUAAAGCAUCUUUGUGAUUUCCUUCACUGAAAGUUAUGGAUCUUCUAAUCAUGGGGAGCAGGGGCGGGGAGAACCUAAUUAUAUAGAAACAAAUAUAAAUGGAGGAGAAUUUCUCCUUAGUUUUUUCCCCACUCCCAAAGUACGUAUAAUGUUUUUUCUGUAACCUAUUUCCUAGUCAUGCCUAUUUCUCUAAUGAUCUCACUGAAUUUCAGAGAUCUGAUCUCUCUAUCUCCUCUGAAUUAGACUUCCCUGUCCCUCACCCAAUGAGUAUGGCAUAUUUUUGAAGAACUGACUACAUUUGACUGAUUGUAAUUGUAUAAGAGUCCAGCUUGUAUCAAACUUGUUCAAUAGAUUAAAAAUGUGUGACAUCAUAAUUGGAAUGGGCAUCUAAGAAAUUAUCAAGGACCUUAGCCUCUCUCACAAAAUGAAAUAAUGACUUUCCUUAUACUCUUAUCAAUAAACAAGAUGAUGCUUCA